UUGCUCGGGGCAGAGCACAGCUCUGGCAGCACCUGCAUCCGACAGCCAAGGAGACCGGUGACCAGGAGACAGCAGAAAUGAGGAUGUGGAGAAACAGAGAGAGGUUUAGCAAACCAGAAACAAUGCAGGCCUCAUGGGAACAAAGAAGAGCAAGAGAAAGCAAGCCCUGAAGUUGGGCAAGCAGCAAAAUGAGCAGGAAAAAAAAAUGUUGAGCUUUCUGCUUUAAAUAUUGGGGAUGUCAAAGCAUGUAGGUGAAUAACUGAGCUGCAAGGAGACUUGCUGGCACCAAGUCUUUGCAGAGGGGAACUGAAAGAACGAAGUAAAGCAAAGACGUGGCUUGGACCCUGGUGGGAGAAGAAAUCACUUCAAGAUGGACAAGUUUCGGAUGAUCUUCCAGUUCCUCCAGUCCAACCAGGAGUCCUUCAUGAACGGCAUCUGUGGGAUCAUGGCCCUCGCCAGCGCCCAGCUGUACUCAGCCUUCGACUUCAACUGCCCCUGCCUGCCGCGCUACAACCUGGCCUACGGGCUGGGCGUCCUCCUGGUGCCCCCCCUCAUCCUGUUCCUGCUGGGCUUCGUGCUGAACAACAACGUGUCCAUGCUGGCGGAGGAGUGGAGGCGGCCCCGGGGCCGGCGGGGGAAGGACGGGGCCGUGCUGCGCUACAUGUUCUGCUCCAUGGCACAGCGAGCCAUGAUCGCCCCGGCCGUCUGGGUGUCGGUGACGCUGCUGGAUGGGAAGUGCAUCACAUGCGCCUUCUGCACCUCGCUGCCCGUGGGGGCCCUGGGCAACGCCAGCCACCCCGGGCUCUCCCAGGAGGAGAUGAAGAGGGUCCUGGCCCGCAUCCCCUGCAAGGAGAUUUACGAUGGGCAGGAGCUCGUCGCCAACGAAGUGGCUGUCAGGUACCUGCGGUGCAUCUCGCAGGCCCUGGGCUGGUGCUUCAUGCUGCUGAUGACCACGCUGGCUUUCUUGGUCAGAUCCCUCCGGCCCUGCUUCACCCAAGCCGCCUUCCUGAAGAGCAGGUACUGGUCCCACUACAUCGACAUCGAGCGCAAGCUGUUCGACGAGACCUGCACCGAGCACGCCAGAAGCUUUGCCAAGGUCUGCAUCCAGCAGUUCUUCCAGGGCAUGAGCACGGACAUGGAGACUGCUCACUGCCACCUGCCCAAAAAAAAACCCACGGAUGAUGGGGAAGCUUCCGAGAAGCUCUUGGGCAUCACUGACCAGGGUACCAUGAACACGGCCCUGAAAAGCUGGCACAGGUGUAAGCCCCCGUUGCACCUCCACCCAGAUGCCCCAUCCCGUGGCAAUGGCUGGGCUGGGGAAGGGCAGGCCCCCCUGCAGCCCCCCCCAGAGCCCCCAGCACCUCGGAAGGAAAUGGCUGCCUACUACAGCCGGGUGUGAGCGGAGGCAGAGCCGCACUUUUGGGAGAGGGGCUGCAAGGGGAUGUGCACCCAAAGGGCAGUGCUGGCACCCAGGUGGUCCCAUCUGCUCCCCACAUGCAGUUCUACAUCCUGGGUAACAGAGGCAAGGAGCUUUGGGCUGCCCGAGGCUGUGAUGGAGAAGUCCUUGGGGUGCCAGUGGGCACGACGUUGUGUGUCCCAUGCCACAGGUUUGUGUGGUGGCAGUUGCUGAGGUGGAUGAUGCCAGAUGUGUAAAACUUCCCUUCUUUUACCACGUGCACCUCCAAGCCUGUGAUAGAGCUGGAGCAGGGACAGCUCCUUGCAAUGCUGGGCAGCACUCUUGGAUUCGGGCACUAUUAAAAAUUCCUCCAUAGGGAAUCAAGCUGGGAUGGCCCUCUCACUCUGAGACAUGAAACCCCAAAAGUCUCCCCAUUACCAUCUCUAUUUUACUAUCCCCUCCAGACACAUACAGUUUCCACACCAUGAGGAACUUUAAAAUAAAUUUGACACAAAAAGUGAACUAAUAAAGGGGCGCCCCACACUGCAUUACCCGUGAUGAGAACGGUGCAGUCGGGUGUCACGGGUACAA